CGCCUGCGCCUGCGCCUCCGCUUCCUCGAGGCCGCGUUUCGCCGGCUGCCUGCCGGCGGUCCACCAUAACAUGGGCGGCGGGCGGAAGCGGCGGCGGCGCGACGGCUCGGAGACGCCGUCGAUGCACCCGCGGAACCGCUACGCAGCCGCCGCGCCGGACUUCGCCGCGCUGGCGGAGCUCUACCCGUCCUUUCGCCCCUUCGUCUCCGUCUCCGGCAGCGGGCGCGCGUCCGUUGAUUUCACCGACUUCUCCUCCACCAGGGAGCUCACGCGCGUGCUCCUCCUCCACGACCAUGGCGUCAACUGGUGGAUUCCAGAUGGACAGCUCUGCCCGACUGUUCCAAACAGGUCCAACUACAUUCACUGGAUCGAGGAUCUUCUCUCCUCAGAUCUGAUCCCACCAAUAUCCAGCUCGAGUGAGAGAGUGAAGGGCUUCGACAUUGGAACAGGUGCCAAUUGCAUCUAUCCUCUCCUUGGAGCAUCUUUACUGGGAUGGACCUUUGUUGGAUCUGAUGUCACUAAUGUUGCUCUUGAAUGGGCUAAGAAGAAUGUGGAGAGCAAUCCACACCUGGCAGAGUUAAUUGAGAUCAGAAAUGCAAAUGCAGCACCAUCUGAAUCUGAAACUGUUGUCAGGGAAGCUGCCAGCGAGAAGAUUUUAGAGCCUGCGGAGGAUGUAGCUAUGCCAAAGCCACAUAUCCUUGUGGGUGUUGUAAAGGAGAGUGAGAGCUUUGACUUCUGUAUGUGCAAUCCUCCAUUCUUUGAGAGCACAGAGGAAGCUGGCCUUAACCCAAAAACAUCGUGUGGUGGGACAGCUGAAGAGAUGGUUUGCCCUGGUGGCGAGCUGGCAUUUAUUACACAAAUCAUUGAAGAUAGUGUUUCCCUUAAGAACUCUUUCAGGUGGUUUACAUCGAUGAUUGGCAGAAAGGCAAACUUAAAGUUAUUGAUCUCAAAGGUUCGUGAGGCUGGGGCAUCAGUCGUGAAAACUACUGAAUUUGUACAAGGUCAUACAGCUAGAUGGGGCCUUGCUUGGUCAUUCAUUGCUCCGAAACCAAGAAAAAUAGUCCUCGGCUCCAGUGCUCCAGCAAAAAAACACCAUUCCUUUAUGCUUCAGGGGCUUCGUCGUGAACAUGGUGCGUUCCAAAUUCUGAAAUCAACUGAGGCUUUCUUUCUAGCUUCUAAUCUAUCAUGCAAAACGGAUUCGUCGGUCUUUUCAGUCGAUGUCACAUUGUCAGAUGAGCAGAUUGAGGCUGCAAUAUUGCAUGGGGAUGAUUAUGCCGGUUCUCUAGAAGAUAGCUCUGCAAAGUUACAAUGCGUUGUCAAGGGAAUAUCAUUUCGUAUUACAGUGUUUGAACAAAUUCCUGGGACCCUCCUAAUCAAAGGUUCAUUAUUGAAUAAAGCAUUAUCAGGUACCUUCUCAUCAUUGUUUUCUCGGUUGGAGGAUGCGUUAAGGGCGAAAUGUCUCAGUAAGGCGCGAUAGAUCUUUAAUUAUGAGCUUUGAUGCCUCUGCACGGAUAAGUCUUCUGGAUGCCAAGGAAUGUGCAAAACGAAAUCAUGGGACGGCAACAGCGUAUUAGCUUAUAGCCAGGAGUCACAAACAGAGACGCUAAGCAGUGAUGGAAACUCUACACUUGCACUGCAGAAACCAUUGUUGCUCGCAUGUUUUCUUGAUGUGCAGUGACGGCAAGUUUGUGGGAAUACCAGCAUCAUGUCUGGUGUGCUGGCUGCUUAUCUGGAUUUGGAGAACGACUUGACAUGACAACAAUGGGGGUCUUGCUUUCAAGGCCCCCUGCAGUGGCACGCACCGUAAACCAUUCCAGUGACACUGAGUAGAUGACAAAUGCAGCAUCAGCGGUCUGUGCAGACCGGGGUAUCUGGUACACUGAAUUGCCUCCAGAGUUUUUUCUUUCUUUCUUUUUUCCAUUCUUUCUUUCUUUCUUUGCUAUGGCACGGGAACUCAGAUGAAGGCUUUGAACUUCAGUGAACCGCACAGUGCAUGAAACUGCUGCUGCUUCAAAUUAAUGUGUUUUU